AUGGCUCAGACGGCGCAGAAAGCCUCUACCUCGGGCAAGCGGAAGGCGCCUGCCACCGACUCAGACCCGCCAACACCGGUGGCCAAAAAGAAGAAGGCAGCCACAGCCAGGAAGAGUACAGGUGGACGUGCUCCCCCUCCGGCGCGCGCUAGCGCUGGCAGGCCAUCCACAGAUGGAGAGAGGAAGAAGAGGCGUUUCCGACCAGGUACAAAGGCAUUGCGUGAGAUACGCAAGUAUCAGAAAAGCACAGACCUUCUGCUGCAAAAGCUCCCAUUCUCACGUAUAGUUCGCGAAAUCACCCAAGAGAUGACAACGGACACGAAUGCUAAUCUCGGUGUUGACCUUCGCUGGCAAAGUUCAGCUCUUCUUGCCCUGCAGGAAGCGACGGAGGCAUAUCUGGUUCACCUAUUCGAAGACGCGAACCUGUGCGCGAUUCAUGCGAAGCGAGUGACACUCAUGACACGCGAUAUUCAACUUGCACGCCGCAUUCGUGGACCUUGGGGCGGUCUUGGAUGA